GCAUCCACUCCAUGCACGCGCGGAGGCGGGCGCUGAUAUCGAAGUUGGUGUCAUCGGUAGGUAUGGGUCGACCUCUGGCACGCCUCGGACCCUUCCUUGCGGUCAUGGUGUGUUUGUUUGCACCUCGCAUGGAGGGCUGCAGCGACCGUUCUGGUGGGAACCAGGUACGGGGGGCUGCAGCGACCGUUCUGGGGGGAACGAGGUAUGGGGGGAUAGAGGAGGACGAAGAAGGGGGAGGAGGAGGAGGGCGAAGAGAAACGAAUAAGCGCUCCCGAGUGCCAUGGCCAUCCUUCCCGGGAAUGCACUCGCCACCGACACUUGGCCCACUUGGCUUCCAGGGUAAUGACGACGCGCGCAGGUCCCUUCAGGUGGCAUCAGGGGAGGUGUCUGUAAUGAAUCCGACUCUAGUUACUGGAAUUAGCGUGGUUGUUCGCAAGCCAGAGAUCCUCCCUAUUUUCAACCGGACGGAAUAUCUACUGAGCGUUAGUCGGUUAGUUGUUGCUCCUAAUGAAACCGCUGUCUACUAUGUAUUGACGGAGUUGUGUACGAGGCCCAGCCUGGAGUUAUAUUUACAGUCAAUCAGGAAGGCAGAUUUAGGGCUGCCGUUGCUGGGGAACGUGGGUGCGCAAGGAGAGGUGGUCACUUACAGUUGGCCUUCUGCCAAUGAGAGUGGGCCAGCAAAUCUUACGCCUACAGAUAUGUAUCUCUACGACACGGUUAGUAUAUUCUGCAUGGAUGUUUCUGGCUCGGGAAACCACCUUGUCCUAUCCACGCGGAAUGUACAUAAUCAGUAUCCGGACACGGAGAUUACCCUGCUAGACGUGAGAGAUGGCCAAUGGGUAGUGUUAGCAAAGGGCAAUUUCUCUCUGGAUUCGCUAGCGUAUGAUCCCACGAAGACUAGGCUUUAUACUGGCAACUUUUACGGAGGACAGAUCAUCGCCGCCCCGAUGAUGGUUGGAAAUGGCGACGUUCCCGCCGUGGAUGAAGGAUCCUUGAUGGUCACUACGCUUUCCAAUGGGGUGAGUGCUGUUUUUAGUGGCCGCAGCUUCGAUCCAAUGGGGAGGUGCCUCUACUUCUUAGAUGAUUUGAGCUCAUCAUCACUGUCUAGGUUAGAUCUUCAGUCCGCUGAAGGAAAUUUCACCGGCCUUAUCGACAUGUCAGAACUUGCUGGUUCAGGGCAGCCGUUUGGUCCACCACUCGUAACUAGCAACGGAUGCAAUCUCUUCAUCAUUGAUACUGGAGGCAUACUUCAUUGGAUUACACUCGACUCGCGCUGUGGCAGAGUCCGGACAGCCAGAACUGUUGCGAAUGUUACUGAUGUAUCGUGGUCCCGCACACGUCAUCGCUCCGGCUUUGACCUUCAUGACAACGGCUCCGCCGCGAGCCUAUACCUGGCUACGGAUCAUGCGAGCAUUCUUCGGCUGGAGUUGGAUAUCAGCGCUUUGCACUCCUGUGAUCAGUCCGAUGAUGACGCCAUGCCGAAUGCAACUGUGUCCGCGUCGGCUCCUCCUCCGCAGAGCGCGCCGACCAGCCUGCCAUCACUAUCUUUGGCAACGCCAUCGUCGAGCUCCUCGGCGAAGUCCGACCCAGCUGUGCCCGGGUCAUCCCCUCCUUCCAGCGCGCCAAGCAGCAUGCCGUCCGUGUCGUUGACACCAUCGCCGACCUCGCAGAAGAAGUUAUUACCUGAUAAGCCUCGAGAUGCGAAGGCGAACAUUAUUCUUGUAGUAUCUGUCGUUGUUCCCAUCGCGAUCUGUGUCGUGAGCUCCGCUCUGGUCGCUGGAGUCGUGUUAUUCCGGAGGAGGUCCCGACGGCGGCGGCAAGAUGCCACAGCAUCGGUGUUGUCGACGUCGGCGGUGAAACACUCCUUGCACGUCAGUAGAACGAGUAUCGAAGAAGAUGGCUCUGCUCAACGUGGCCGUGGGCUUCAGCCUGCCGGCGUUAAAGAGUUUUCCUUGGAGCAACUGGCCCACUGCACAAACAACUUCGACCACAUUUACCGGGUAGGCGAGAAGGGGGCGUUCGGGGAGGUGUUCUGGGGAUCGAUCGCGGACAGGCAGGUUGCCAUCAAGGUGAUGAUGGGAGAGCUCACGCCGGAGAAGCGGCAGCAGUUCGUGGCAGAGGUCAACACUCUCAGCCGGCUGCAUCACGCCAACCUCAUCGAGCUGAUAGGCUUCUGUCAGGCGGGAGAUCGGUCCAUGUUGGUCUACCCUUUCUUCUCGGGCGGCAGUUUGCACGCUCGGUUGCAUAACAGGGGCGGGAUACCGGGGAGGCAUCCUCUUCCGCCGCUGACGCUGGGCGAGCGCGUUUCCAUCGCGUAUCAGAUAGCGAGCGGGUUGAGCUACCUGCAUCAUGGUGCUAAUCCGCCGGUCAUUCAUCGGGAUAUCAAAAGCCUCAACGUCCUCCUGACUGACGGGUCGGGGGAGAAUCUCCACGCCGUCCUUGCGGAUUUCGGAUUGGCUGCCAUCGGGCAGAACAUCUUCGAGACGACGCGGAAGAGCUUCGUGGAGACGUCGCACAUCGCCGGCACGCACGGUUACAUGGCACCGGAGUACUGCCUAUCGGGUAGAUUGACAUUGAUGAACGACGUGUACGCGUUCGGGGUGAUCGUUCUAGAGUUGCUGAGCGGAAGGAGGGCGGCGACACCGCAAGAUCCUUCCUCAGGCGGCGGGUGGCUGACGAUCGUUGGUUGGGCCAAUGACCUUGCGCAGCGUGCGGACUGCGAUCUCCCAUGGGCACUCCUGGAUGAUCAUAUGCGGGGUGAGGUGGAGAGUAACUUGAAGAGCAAGCAUCAAGCGCAAGAGCUAACCUCGUUGGCGAUGGAUUGCGUUCACCUAUUGGAAGAGAGUAGGCCGACGAUGAAGGUCGUCCUGCACAGGCUUGAAAGUAUAGGAGCGGAGAUGGUGGCCAACAUCCAAGGAGCCAUGAAUAACGGUUCAAGUCAGGGCAGUGGCGUCUUGUUGCCUGCCCCGAACUCUUCUUACUCUUCGUCUUCUUCGCAAGGAACGGGGAUGGCCAGCAUGUCCAACGCCAUUGUACCGUAUCAAGCGACGCAGAACACGGUCAUUAACAACGCGGGAGCGAACAUCGGAGGAUUAAACGAUUUUCGAGGUAAUCAAGAUGGUCAACGUUAUUCGAAACCGUACUCAGGGAAUUACCGAUAUCAAGAUCGGGAUGAUCGUUUCGACAAAAUCUACGGACUACUAUCGGAGCAAGCGGAGGAACGGCAGCAGAAGAAACAAGAAGCAGCCAAGCUGGAGUUGCUGGAAGCUAAGAAGAAAAGACUACAGAUCGAAGAAGAGAAAAAUGCUCAAGCAAGAAAGGAGAAGGAAUUGCAGGAGGCGAGGUUGGGUAAAAUAGUUACGAGCAGCAUAAAAACUGUUUGCGAAUCUGUCCUGGGCAAGAAAGUCGAUCUCGCAGAUGAGGACGAGACGAGGACGAGACUGAUUCUGGAUGCGCUACGACGAGAGAAAGAGGCACUUCAGAAGGCGGACGCUAUGAGCAACGAAGAGGUGGUACUCAGAAAGGAAAUCGAGAUGCUGAAGGCACGCAACGAUAUCAACCAGUCAGCAAUGGCUUCAUCCGAGAACUCGCGCAGCGACGAGAUUGCUGCCCUGCGGCUACAGAUCCAAGAGCUCGAAGCUGUCCGGACAGCCUUGCAGGAUCGAAGCAGUGAGUUGGGUGUCCUUAGAGCAGAGAAUUCCUCCCUCAAGGACUUCCAAGAUCUCAGAGGGGAAAUCGCACAUCUGAAGAAUUCAUGUAAUAACAAGAGGGCCUCUGAUGCCAUCGCUGAGAAGAGUCCACCUGUCGAACCUGAUAAAGCCAGGCAGCGAAUGGUUCCCAUUGGUGACGCGGUGUAUACCCCGAAAGAUCUGGAGUCUCUCCAGAAGGCCUAUAAGAAGGCGCAGGAAGGUGAAGACAUGGCGAACAAGGAGAUCCAAGCUCUCAAAGAACGAGUGGCGAGAAUGGGUGCUCAACUGUUAACGAAGCAACGUGCCACCGGUAGGCGGUCGGCCGUAAGAAGAACUACACCGCGGAAUCUAAGGCCUACCUUGAGUGCGAUACACAUUGACGAUGAUGAUUCGGGUAAGGAAGGGAAUGCCAAAGCUACUCAGGAGACGCAUGAGGUAGCAGGUAAAGCAGAGGAUACCCAGCUACGGAACUCGAAGUUUCAGGAGGAGGAGCGGCGUGCAGUUCGUCAGGCGAAGAAAGCCGAUAUGCGGAAGAUGUGUGAUGAUGAAGGGAUCACAUACAUUAAGCUCGACCAGUCGAAAGCUGAUGUGGCUGAGAAUCGCGCGAGAAGGAGAUUCGCUGAUUGGUUGAAAGAUCAAGGUCUUCAAGACGAGGAUCACGAUGAACAGGACCAGGCCUACGCCACUUCCAGUGAAGAUGUUAAUGAUGAGAGAGGAGAGCUAGGGCCGCAGAGGCAAGCAGGACGUUCGCUAGCGAAGCCGCUGUUUCAGCAGCCAUGGCAACUGCUGCACAGCAGAGUUCCCAGGCAAGCAGCUCAGGGACCAUUGGAUCAACGGAAGAGUGAGUCGACUGGCGUGAUGGCAAGGCAACCGAUAGUGUUGACUCCUGAGGAGGUUGCCAUACAGCAAGCAGCCGUUUGCGAGGCACAGCUACAGAAGGCAUUAGGAGAUAUAAAAGUGGAAAAGGAAAGAAUGAUUAGAAGAAGAGCUAGGGUACAGCGUAGACAAGCGGACAUAGCGGAGGUAGAGGGUAUGGACCUGACAAACAUGGAUGCCGACGUGAGAACCCUACGGUCAGCACUACUUAGCAUAGUAGAAGUGCAAGACCAGCAAACGGAUCUCCUCACGAGCAUCCAGCAGAGCUUGGCCGUGCUGGUCGAGCGCAGUCAGGCAGCCCAACUGCCGUCAAGGCCCGGUGUCUGGCCCGGGAUACAGCCUCCUCCUUUUGUUCCACCGGUGACUGGGGUAUCCCCAUAUGUCACCUCAGUACCGGUCCAGACCGCUGCCCUCAGUAUGCCACUCACAGGAGGGUUCUCAGCAGGUCUUAGUGUACAAGUUCCUAUACAGACAUUGUUUACCCAACCUCCGUUACAGACUGCCAUGAGUGGGCAGCCUGUUGUCUCACAGUCUGUACAGCAGCAGGGCACACAGCCUAUGCAACAGCAAGUACAGCAACCUGCGCCCCAAGGUCCACAGCCUUUGGUGGGCCAGGUACCGGGAAAAACACAGUGGGUUCCAAAGACCGCAAUCGCCGCUCCUAAGCCUUUCACAGGGGAUAAGAAGGGCGAGGACCUCGACACAUGGUUGAGGUCAGUACCGGUCUACGUCCGAUGUAAACUCACCUUACCGCAUGAGGAAGUGCUUGUGGCUGCCUCCUACCUGGAGGGGAGUGCAGCGAGAUGGUGGAGUGGGUUAGUGCAGCUGCAGGGCUAUGGUCAUGAUUUCCGUGCUUGGUCAGCCAACCAAAAGCUUGAUGACUUCAUCAAGUUGGUUGAGGAAAGGUGGCAUGAUCCUCAGGAGGCCCAAAAGGCCACUGACACGAUCCUGACCUUGAGCUCUAGACAGUUCAAGUCAGUAAGAGACGCCACCGACGCUGUUGAGCGUUUGAUCUGUGUCCCGAUCGUGCGCUACGAUCCUCAGGUGUUGUUAACAACAUACCUGAGGUGCCUUCCAAUGCCACUAAGAAAUCAGCUGGCCAGCGAGGCCAACAUUAAUGUGCACAACUUUCCCUCGUUCAAUAAGAAGGCCCGAGACCUGGAGGCAAAGAUAGGGCAUGGACACACACCCACAACGGAUGGCAGGAGAAAGUCACUGCCUCCCAACUGGAAGGCCAAAGGCCGAAUCAUGUUCGUCGACAAAGAUGGUUACACCAUCGAAUUGGACGACGACUUCCAAAAGGGAGUAGGUGCAGAGGCAGGCAGCAUAAAAGCUUCAGGGGGUGAAGCAGUUGCUGCCACAGUCCAGCAAAAAGUCACCAUUGAUGCUAGCCAAUAUGACAUUGGUGCUGUACUUGCGCAGCAGGAGGGGAAAAAGUUGAGGCCCGUAGAGUACAUGUCAAAAAAGAUGCCCUCUCAGAAGUUGACAAAGUCCACAUACGAGAAGGAGCUUUACGCAAUCUUAAAGGCCUUGACACAUUGGAGGCACUACCUCCUUGGGCGCUUCUUCUAUGUCAGGACUGAUCAUCAGACCCUGAGAUGGAUGAAGAAUCAACCGGUGCUCUCUGACGCUCUAAAGCGUUGGAUUGAAGUCAUAGAGCAGUAUGACUUCGUACCCCAGUACAUCAAGGGGGAGUACAACAAGGUCGCGGAUGCAUUGUCACGUAGACCAAACUUCUCCAGUGCGUUGAUCACUGAGUUUGGGCUUGAGGACAAUGUUACUCAGUCUUUGGUGGAAGCCUAUCGCGAGGACCAGUUCAUGUCUGAGAUCAUUCGCAGACUCGAAGCGAAGGAUAAGUCAACUUCCACUGAGUUUCAGUUGGGUAACGGAAUGCUGUUCCUUGAGAAGGAAGGGAAUAAACGUCUCUGUGUGCCGGAUAGAGAGCCUUUGCGUAGUUUGCUUUUAGGAGAGUGUCAUAAUGCCACCGGACAUUUUGGCUUUAAAAAGACUGCAGCCAAUCUGCUGCAGCGGUUCUGGUGGCCCACGAUGAUGAAGGACGCCAAGCUGUACGUGGAAACUUGUCAGGUCUGUCAGAGAGACAAGCCAUGUACACAGGCCCCUCUUGGGCUUCUAAAGCCGCUUCCGAUUCUGGAAAGGCCUGGUGAGAGUCUGUCCAUGGACUUCAUGGGUACUCUGGUCACCAGCAAGAGUGGAAUGCGCUACGUCUAUGUCAUUGUGGAUAGGUUUAGUAAGUACGCUAGGUUAGUCGCAAUGCCUGCAACAGCUAAGACUGAGUAUGUGAUCAAGUUGUUCAAAGAGAAAAGAGAUUUUGGGCUGCCAAAGUAUAUAGUUAGUGACCGGGAUGUGCGAUUCACCAGUGAACUGUGGAAAGCUGCAGCUGCAGAGCAGGGCACACAGCUGCAAAUGACAUCAGGCAACCAUCCAGAAGCGAAUGGGCAGGCAGAGCAGUUGAACCGCGCUGUACAACAUCUGUUGAGGCAUUACAUCAAGCCAAAUCAGGUGGACUGGAUGAGAAACUUGCCCUCAUCUUCAGCCUGUACAACAAUGCAGUGCACACCGCUACGGGAGUAAGCCCGAACAGCUUGCUACUGACUUUCAAGCCUAAACUGCCUUUGGACUUCCUACUACCUGAGAAUCAGCCAUCUGCUGCACCAGGCACCUUAGAGUUUGCUUAUCGAUAUGAGCAUCUGAUGCAGCAGGCUGUUGAGCAGAUGCACAAAGCGCAGGCGGCAAUGAUAGAGUCUGAGAACAAACACAGCCGCCCAUC